GUUACACGUGAUGACUACUACAAACCAGACCCAUCUUAUGACAAACAUAGCUAUUGGCCUUUGUACCUCCGAUUGCUCCUCCAUCCUCCUUCGAUUUCUGCUCCAUCCUCAGCGGCGCCGACUUGGGCUUCGACCUCUACUUUCGAUCGGGCGAAUAAAGAGUAUGCCAAAUUUAGGGAUGCAGAUUUGAGCAUGUUCGACCCUUAA